CAGUUUAGAGGAAGCGAAACUGAUCUCAGAGAGCUGCUCUCUCUCAGUCUGUGCAGGAAAAUGGCCAGUAUUUCAGUAGAUCAGGACCAGUUCAGCUGUCCAGUCUGUCUGGAUCUGCUGAAGGAUCCAGUAACUAUUCCCUGUGGACACUGUUACUGUAAGGUGUGUAUUAAUGGCUGCUGGGAUCAGGAUGAUCAGAGGGGGGUCUACAGCUGCCCCCAGUGCAGAGAGACUUUCACUCCGAGGCCUGUUCUACGCAGAAACAAUGUUAUAGCUGAAGUGGUGGAGAAACUGAAGAAGACAGAACUCCGAGCUGCUUCUCCUGCUCACUGUUACGCUGGACCUGGAGAUGUGGAGUGCGAUUUCUGCACUGGGAGGAAACUCAAAGCCAUCAAGUCCUGUUUGGUUUGUUUGGUUUCUCUUUGUGAAACUCAUCUUAAACCUCAUCUUCAAAUUCCUGCUUUGGUAAAUCACAAGCUGGUCAAAGCUUCCACACGACUACGAGAGAAGAUCUGCUCUCAGCACGACAAACUGAUCGAGAUCUACUGUCGUACUGACCAAACAUGCAUCUGCUAUUUGUGUACGAUGCACGAACACAAAGGCCACGAUACAGUUGCAGCUGUAGCAGAGAGAACUGAGAGACAGCGUCAGUUAAAGGAGAUGCAUGAAGAAUCUCAGCAGAGAAUCCAGGAGAAAGAGAAGAAGCUGCAGGAGCUGAAACAGGCUGUGAACACUAUUAAGAGCUCUGCACAGACAGCAGUGGAGGACAGUGAGAGGAUCUUUACUGAGCUGAUCUGCUCCAUUGAGAAAAAGCGCUGUGAGGUAACAGAGCUGAUCAGAGCUCAGGAGAAGACUGAACUGAGUGGAGCUGAAGAGCUCAUUGAACAGCUGGAGCAGGAGAUUGCUGAUCUAAAGAGGAGAGACACUGAGCUGGAGCAGCUUUCACACACAGAGGAUCACAUCCACUUCCUCCAGAGUCUCCAGUCUCUUUGUGUCUCUUCUGGGUCUGAAGACUCUCCCAACAUCACUAUCAGUCAACAUCUCUCAUUUGAUAAAGUGAGCAAAUCUCUGUCUGAUCUGAAGAAGCAACUUGAGGAAUUCUUUGAAGAGACACUCAACAGAAUCUCUCCACAUGCUGCAGCAGUUCAGAUCUUACUGUCAGAACCACAAACCAGAGAAGACUUUCUACAGUAUUACUGUCAGCUGACUCUGGAUCCCAAUACAGCAUAUCGUCACCUCAUUCUGUCUGAUGGAAACAGAGUCGUGAGAUACAGUCAGAAUGUCCAGCCGUACUCUGAUCAUCCAGAGAGAUUUGACACCUUGUGGCAGGUGCUGUGUGAGGAGAGUGUGAGUGGACGCUGUUACUGGGAGGUUGACUGGAGCAGUGAGGUUUCGGGAUGUGUGUACAUAUCAGUCUCAUAUAAAGGGAUCAGCAGGACAGGAAAUGGUAACCACAGUAAGUUUGGACACAACAGUCAGUCCUGGAGUCUUCGCUGUGGUUCUACUCUCUCCUUCUAUCACAACAACAUUGAGACUAAGAUCUCAGCCCCGUCCUCCUCCAGAAUAGGAGUGUAUGUGGAUCACAGUGCAGGAACUCUGUCCUUCUACAGCGUCUCUGACACAAUGACCCUCCUACACACAGUCCACACCACCUUCACUCAGCCUCUCUAUGCUGGAUUCUGGCUUGCUUCUUUUGUAUGCAGCGUGACUUUACGCAAUUCAGAGUGAUUUUUCAAGUUUUAACUUUAAAUCAAUACCACUUUUCUGUUUAUCAGAGGACAAUAUCAUGAUGGAUUUUGAUGAAAUGUUGUUGUUGCAGAUAUAGUUUUUAUUUUGUGGAAAGAAAAAUUAUCCUUUAGAUGGUUUGAGUAUCUUUUUGAUGCAAACUCAAACCUGGAAAAUUAAAUGUAAUAACGAAUACAUUAUUACAUUCCUUACAUUACAAAACCAUUUUAAAUCACCACAUUACUCUGAAAUUCUGUCUUUCCAAAAUGUUUUACAGCUCUCCUCAUUGUAAUCCACUGCAGUCUUAUAGCUGGAGCUUAAAGUUCAUCUUCCAGAUCAGUGUUUCCACUAAGGUCCUGUAGUCCACCUGCACUGCACAGUUUAGUUUUUCCUGCUCCAUCACACCUGAUUCAGCUCUAGAAGGACUUGAUCAUUAGCUAUUGAUGUGACUGAGGUGCAGGGAGCACUAAACUGGGUUCCUGUAGGACUGAACCUGGAAAUCACUGCAGACCUGCUUUAUAUCCACAUUGUUGAGUCUCUGUGAUACACUGAAUAGAACAGAAACAUUCAUUUAAACCCAAAUAAUGUUACAUGUAAAUACUGCAUACUAAAUGACAGUAUAAGUAUUUGAUUCUGUAAUAUUUAUUAAAUUGUUUAAUUACUUUCUUUAAUAAACGUCCAAAUAUACUAAAUGAAA